AACGCGGCAUGAGUUUGGGCUUUUCUCCGUUUCUCUUCUUCCGCUUCAAAAAUUUGCCCACUCCGGCGCCACAUCCCCUCUCUCCCUCUCUCUUUCUGAGUAGAGAAAUCGAUCGAUCUCUGUGAGGCAGAGGAAGCGUCUUCUUGACAAGUUCCUCCUGGACGAAUACGUUCUCUCUCUCUUUCCCUCGCUCUCUCUCUCUAUACGACGAGCUAGGGUUUGCCUCCGCCUUCUCCACCCCUCCCGAGAGGGAAUUCCAAUAGGAAGAGACGGGAGCGGGCCGAAGAGGGGGAUGAGGAGGAGGAGGAGGCUCGCUUUGAACGGUUAGUAUAGGAAGGAGGGACGACGGAGACGGUCGAGAUUUAUGGGGAAAAUGCAACUUCAUUUCUUGCCGGGGCACAGAAGAGUGACGAUCUCGACGAGAGAUUGCCUGCCGGAGAUCGUUAAGGCACAGGGUGGAGGAAGCGGCAAGGCGUCGAAUCCCCGGCGGUUCUCUUGCCGGUCCGUGCUCCCAACGGCCUUCCUGCUGACGAUCAUCAUGCCCUUCCUCUUCUUCCGCACGGCCUUCCUCGCCCUCGACGGCGCCACCGGAUGCCCUUCUCUCGACUGCAUUGGGAGGACACUUAGUCAGCGGUUUCAGUGGAUAGGUGGCGACGCUUCUCGGGCAUUGGCAGCGGAGCUGACCUGGGCUAUUCUUAAGGCUGAAAAUGAGUUGAAUGAAAACCAAGGGGAUGAGGAUAUUCCUGAGUCAUUGGAUGAUCUUAUUGCUGACCUGAAGGCUAACACACACAACGUGGACAUGUUUGUAUUGAAGACUAAAGCAUUGCUAUCAAAAAUGGAACAGAAGGUUCGAGCAGCCAAACUGCAAGGGUAUAUAUAUCGCCACUAUGCAUCAAUAGGUGUUCCUAUGAGCUUGCAUUGCUUGAGCCUGAAGCUCGCUGAUGAGUACUCAUCAAAUGCUGCUGCUCGUAUACAGAUCCCUUCACCUGAUUCUGUUACAUGUCUUACCAACAACUUGUACCAACAUUAUGUCCUCCUCACCGACAAUGUUCUUGCUGCUGGUGUGGUUAUUGCUUCUGCAGUCAAAAGCUCUGCCAAGCCAGAGAAUGCAGUGUUCCACAUUAUUACUGACAAGAAAACCUAUGCACCAAUGCAUGCCUGGUUUGCACUGAACCCUGUCUAUAGUCCAGCAGUUCUGGAGGUCAAAGGCCUUCACCAGCUUGACUGGCCAUCAGAAUCCAACAUCAAAGUGGUGGAAAUUACAGAAAUGCAUGGGGCAGUUAAAGAAUACUUUUAUAAUAGGUGGCAGGGGUCAAGUCUUUCACAUGUAUCAAGUGACUUUGGGAGAGAGAUGGAAGCAGCUCAACGCAGCCCUAACUAUGUCUCAUUUAUGAAUCACAUGAGAAUUUACCUACCAGAGUUGUUUCCAAAGCUCCACAAGGUUGUCUUCCUUGAUGAUGAUAUUGUCGUUCAACAUGACCUGUCACAUCUUUGGGAGAUAGAUCUUCAAGGGAAAGUCAAUGGUGCAGUUGAAACAUCUAAGAAGUUUGAGGUUUAUCUGAACUUCUCAAAUUCAUUUGUAUCAAAAAGUUUCCAGCGAGAUCGGCUGGCAUGGGCAUAUGGCAUGAACAUUUUUGAUCUUCAAGCAUGGAGAAAGACUGACAUCACAGAGAGAUAUCAUCAUUGGCUUAAGCUGAAUCUGGAUUCAGGUUCAACCUUGUGGCGACUAGGCACAUUGCCACCAGCCCUACUUGCAUUUGAUGGGUACGUACAUACAAUUGAUUCAAAGUGGCAUGUCUCUGGUCUGGGAUACAGGCCUGACGUUGAUCAACAAACUCUAGAAGAAGCUGCUGUUUUGCACUUCAGUGGCCCGGCGAAGCCAUGGCUGCAGAUUGGGUUUCCUGAGUUAAAGCCCUUAUGGUCUAGGCACUUGAACUUUUCUAAUGAGUUCAUACGGAGUUGCGGCUUUAUGGAGUGAACGUGUAAAGAAUAAGGGUCACUCUAUUCUUUUCUGUUCACGGAGAGUGUACAGGAGUUAGCAGAGUGAAGAAGGAUAAGAAUUACAUUAUGCCUUCAGGCUCUGCCCUCUCUCAUCUCUCUAGUAUAUAUCUGAUAGUGUUUUCUUAUUUAUAUCUGAUAAUAUAUUAUGAUUUUUUAUUAGUUACCAAAAGGGAUAUUUAUAUGUAUGGGUGAAAUAAGUGUAGAAAUUUGAAGGCAAACAGAUAAAAUGAGAGAAAAUUAGUGUA